AUGGGGGAGAUGGGUGGGAACAGCAAAAGAAUGGUUGGCUUCACUCUGGAAGUAUGGAGAAUGGGGACUGCCUCUUCUUAUUUGUCUAAACUAAUAGACCAGUUGUGUAUUUUGUUCUUGUUCUUUCAGAUCCUGGGUGCUGUGAUCCUGGGUUUUGGAAUAUGGAUUCUAGCUGACAAAACCAGUUUCAUUGCCGUUCUACAGAUGUCAUCUCCCUCCCUGAAGACUGGUGCGUACGUCCUCAUCGGCGUUGGGGCUCUCACCAUGCUGAUGGGGUUCUUGGGCUGUCUUGGAGCAGUCAAUGAAAUCCGAUGUCUCUUGGGUCUGUACUUCACUUGCCUAAUGGUCAUCCUCAUAACUCAGGUUGCUGCUGGCCUGGUCAUCUACUUCCAGAAAGAAACACUGAAAGAAGAAUUGUCCCACAUAAUUGGAAGUCUGAUUGAAAAUUAUGACCCUUUGAAUGAUGAUGAGAGGAACUUACAAGAUGCGUGGGACUAUGUGCAAAAACAGAUCUCCUGCUGUGGCUGGACUGGAGCGCAGGACUGGGAAAAUAAUGAGAUCCUUUUCAACCAAAGCCUGACUGCAUAUCCCUGCUCCUGCUCCAAUAGCUCCAAGGACUCUCAGGUAGACAGUGGUUUCUGCAAGCUGGAUGUCCCUACCAACAGCACUGUAACAUCUGCUGACUGGCCUGUUCAUGAGCAGGGAUGUAUGGAUGGUGUAGAGAAGUGGUUGAAGGACAACCUUGGUGUCAUUCUUGGGGUCUGUACCGGUGUUGCUGUUAUAGAGCUCCUGGGAAUGAUACUGUCCAUUUCACUCUGCAAGAACAUACACAGCGAAGACUACACCAAAGUGCCCAAGUCUUGAGUUGGCUGACUCCAGAGCUACGGCACCGCAGAGAAAGGAGCAAACAGAACAUUCCUGCCUCAUACCCAGACUGUCCAACCAUUGACUAUUAUUCCUGUGACAUCCCAUUUCUGAUACCACUCAGCUAAGAACUCUUAGAGCUGCAAUACAGCCUGAUCUUCUGGCAAUACGGCCCUUGGGUCACCUGCAUCCUGCCUCUGGAUUAUUUCUACUUCAAGAAGCAGAACUUAACUGUC